AUGUGGUUACCAGACGGAGAGAAGCCGUGUUCAAAUAAAACUGUAACUUCCGCCAUCUGGAACUAGCAGCGGUUAUUUCGAUUUGUGGCUUGAUCAUGGGUGUUUUUUGUAGCUAUUCAUGUUUUUAGAACCUUUUCCUUGGUACAUUUAAAGUUUACCCAGUGUGUAACCACAGUUAGCCUCCAGAAGCCUAGCUCCGUUCAGCUUGCAGAGCUAGUCACCAACAGCCCCAGUGCAGGUAUUGAGCUCACAUACAGCCUCGGUACAGGUAGUGAGCUCACAUACAGCCUCGGUACAGGUAGCGAGUUCACAUACAGCCUCGGUACAGGUAGCGAGUUCACAUACAGCCCCGGUGCCAGUAGUGAGCUCACAUACAGCCUCGGUGCAGGUAGUGAGCUCACAUACAGCCUCGGUGCAAGUAGUGAGAUCACAUACAGCCUCAGUGCAGGUAGUGAGCUCACAUACAGCCUCGGUGCAGGUAGUGAGAUCACAUACAGCCUCAGUGCAGGUAGUGAGCUCACAUACAGCCUCGGUGCAGGUAGCGAGUUCACAUACAGCCCCGGUGCCAGUAGUGAGCUCACAUACAGCCUCAGUGCAGGUGGUGAGAUCACAUACAGCCUCGGUGCAGGUAGCGAGUUCACAUACAGCCCCGGUGCCAGUAGUGAGCUCACAUACAGCCUCGGUAAAGGUAGCGAGUUCACAUACAGCCCCGGUGCAGGUAGUGAGCUCACAUACAGCCUUUGGUGCAGGUAGUGAGCUCACAUACAGCCUUUGGUGCAGGUAGAAAGCUCACAUACAGCCACAGUACAGGUAGCGAGUUCACAAACAGCCUCAGUACAGGUAGCGAGCUCACAUACAGCCCCGGUGCCGGUAGUGAGCUCACAUACAGCCCCGGUGCAGGUAGUGAGCUCACAUACAGCCUUCGGUGCACGUAGUGAGCUCACAUACAGCCCCGGUGCUGGUAGUGAGCUCACAUACAGCCUCAGUACAGGUAGUGAGUUCACAUACAGCCUCGGUGCAUGUAGUGAGCUAACAUACAGCCCCGGUACAGGUAGUGAGCUCACAUACAGCCCCGGUGCAGGUAGUGAGCUAACAUACAGCCUCGGUGCACGUAGUGAGCUCACAUACAGCCUCAGUACAGGUAGCGAGUUCACAUACAGCCUCGGUGCAGGUAGUGAGCUCACAUACAGCCUCGGUACAGGUAGUGAGCUCACAUACAGCCCCGGUGCUGGUAGUGAGCUCACAUACAGCCUCGGUGCAGGUAGUGAGCUAACAUACAGCCUCGGUGCAGGUAGAGAGCUCACAUACAGCCUCAGUACAGGUAGCGAGUUCACAUACAGCCCCGGUGCAUGUAGUGAGCUAACAUACAGCCCCGGUACAGGUAGUGAGCUCACAUACAGCCCCGGUGCAGGUAGUGAGCUAACAUACAGCCUCGGUGCACGUAGUGAGCUCACAUACAGCCUCAGUACAGGUAGCGAGUUCACAUACAGCCUCGGUGCAGGUAGUGAGCUCACAUACAGCCUCGGUACAGGUAGUGAGCUCACAUACAGCCCCGGUGCUGGUAGUGAGCUCACAUACAGCCUCGGUGCAGGUAGUGAGCUAACAUACAGCCUCGGUGCAGGUAGUGAGCUCACAUACAGCCUCAGUACAGGUAGCGAGUUCACAUACAGCCUCGGUGCAGGUAGUGAGCUCACAUACAGCCUCGGUACAGGUAGUGAGCUCACAUACAGCCCCGGUGCUGGUAGUGAGCUCACAUACAGCCUCGGUGCAGGUAGUGAGCUAACAUACAGCCUCGGUGCAGGUAGUGAGCUCACAUACAGCCUCGGUGCAGGUAGAGAGCUCACAUACAGCCUCAGUACAGGUAGCGAGUUCACAUACAGCCUCAGUGCAGGUAGUGAGCUCACAUACAGCCCCGGUACAGGUAGUGAGCUCACAUACAGCCCCGGUGCAGGUAGUGAGCUAACAUACAGCCUCGGUGCACGUACAGCCUCAGUACAGGUAGCGAGUUCACAUACAGCCUCGGUGCAGGUAGUGAGCUCACAUACAGCCUCAGUACAGGUAGUGAGCUCACAUACAGCCCCGGUGCUGGUAGUGAGCUCACAUACAGCCUCGGUGCAGGUAGUGAGCUAACAUACAGCCUCGGUGCAGGUAGUGAGCUCACAUACAGCCUCAGUACAGGUAGCGAGUUCACAUACAGCCUCGGUACAGGUAGUGAGCUCACAUACAGCCCCGGUGCUGGUAGUGAGCUCACAUACAGCCUCGGUGCAGGUAGUGAGCUAACAUACAGCCUCAGUGCAGGUAGUGAGCUCACAUACAGCCUCAGUACAGGUAGCGAGUUCACAUACAGCCUCAGUGCAGGUAGUGAGCUCACAUACAGCCUCGGUACAGGUAGUGAGCUAACAUACAGCCUCGGUGCAGGUAGUGAGAUCACAUACAGCCUCGGUGCAGGUAGUGAGCUCACAUACAGCUUCGGUACAGGUAGUGAGUUCACAUACAGCCUCGGUGCAGGUAGUGAGCUCACAUACAGCCCUGGUGCCGGUAGUGAGCUCACAUACAGCCUCGGUGCAGGUAGUGAGCUCACAUACAGCCUCAGUGCCGGUAGUGAGCUCACAUACAGCCCCGGUGCAGGUAGUGAGCUCACAUACAGCCCCGGUGCAGGUCGUGAGCUCACAUACAGCCUCGGUGCAGGUAGUGAGCUCACAUACAACCCCAAAGCAGUUAACAAGCUCACAUACAGCCAUGGUGCAGGUACCGAUCCCACAGUCUAG